UUUGGUUAUGGGAGCGAAAGGCUGGAUAAAGCGGACAUGAAACUUUUCUUUUUUUAUCUUUUUUACUCUUCCCAUCGUUAUUCUGCAUUCUCAUGCUAUGCUAGAGAUUGAGAUUUUGGUUUCUCUCUCAUGCCUACACCAGGGUAUGAGCUGUGCAGCAUGGAUUGCAACUGAGAGAGCGGAGCGAAACUUACUAGCCUGCAGAAGGGCUAGGGCGGAAUGGGAUGGGAUGAUCCAUUGGCGAUAUACCCUCGGCGUUAGGGGCUGUGUUAUAAUCCGGGUACAAUGGAGGCAAGGGAUUUGGCCACAGGAUUGGAUUUGUGGAAAUCAUGUGUUUCUCUUGUCGAUGUUGAUUGAGCUACAAACUUAUACCACCACACGUGUGAUGGUGAUGACGAUGAUAUGAACCAAGCCACCAACCAACCACUUACUACAAUACUUACUCACUACAUGAUUGAGUUUUCCAAUGAUAAUGAUGAACACUAUUUACUUGAUGAUUAUGAUGCAAAUCUAG